AUUAUUGAUCAUUAAUACUGUUAAAUGAUAAAUACAGAAACAUUAUAAUGGGAUUUUGGGUAUUUCAACGGCGCAGCAUUGAAACAAGGUUGCCUGUGCUGUCUUGAUUGCUGGAUUUAUUGGUAGCCACAACACUUUACAUCACCAAAUCGGUUUAUGCAUGACGCAUUUUCUGAAAGUUGUAAUCACCGAGUGAUCCACAACGCGAUCUGGUAAUGAUGUUUUCCCCGUCGCGGUGAAUUGUGGGCAGGCCUCGGUCCUCCCUGGCUUUAAUCUCACUCUAUACUGUAACCCGGGUAGGGAAAAUGGCUGCUCCGGUAGCUCUAGCGGGUCUUCCUCCAGGUUUAUGUCCGAGCUUUGCCGUCGUUUGCUCGUUUUUAGAGCGAUACGGUGCUGCUCUGGAUCUGCCUGAAAUGACUUUCCCGCAGAUGGAGGGAUACUUGCAGGAUACAUCAUCAGUUCCGCAGCCUCUUAUUGAGCUCCAUGUGAAGUUACUUCGCAAACUUGGAAAGUCUGUGACGUCAGACAGAUGGGAGAAGUAUCUUGUUAAGGUAUGUCAGGAGUUCAACAGUACCUGGGCGUGGGAGCUGGAGAGGAAAGGAUACCCAGAAAUGUCAAUGGAGUGCAAGGCUGAUAUCCUUAAGUACUUGUGUGAAAGCCAGUUUGAUGACAACCUCAAGUUUAAGACGGCAGUGAACGAGGAAGACCCGGAGCAGAUGCGCCUGCAGCCAAUUGGCAGAGAUAAGGAAGGGCUCCUCUACUGGUUCCAACUGGAUCAAGACCAAAAUGUGCGGCUCUAUGUGGAGGAGCAGGAUGAUCUGGAUGGGUCAUCAUGGAGGUGUAUUGUCAGGAAUAGGAAUGAGUUAGCAGACAUUUUGGAGCUUCUUAAAGCUAAGAUGGAACCAGCAGUGACGGAUGAGGAGCGACACGACGGUACUUCUGGCAGCCCAGGAAACGAGAAAAGCUGUGGAGGUGAACUUAAAGUCAUGAAGAAGGCUGCUAAGGUUGAGUGUGCAUCAGAAGAAGAAAGCAAGCCCGUCACCUUGAGCACUGUAAAUAUAAAUUCUGACAAAUCUCCCAAAGAAGAAAGUCAGACAGUCUGUGAAAUUAAAAAAAGAGGAUCUGCUGAGCCACUUAAGCUUGAACAAGAGGGAAAGGAAGAGCUUAAACUGAAAGUGGUUGGCACUGAAACACCUAAAUUGGACCAGGCUCCUGUUAUAGACAACAGAGUGAGCACAAUUAAGAGCCUCAUCAAGGACGAGCCGAGGGAUUCACCUCGACACUGGAAUGCCAUCUCGGUCGUCAUGGCACCUGGCUCCAUCAAACAGGAGCUUCCAGCAAAGACGGAAUCCUAUAAGGACAAGAAAGAGAAAACGUCAGAAGAUUUUGAGAGGGCCAUGAAAAGUGACCAGCAGGCUAAGAUACCAUUGAAAAAGAGGGAGCUGAAAAGAAGUGAUGGCUAUGACAACAGUCAUUACAGCCACAUAAACAAUAAAAACAACAGCAAUGGCAGUGUUUCUGUAGGUGGCAUAAUUGUACGUAACCCAGCAGCAAUGGAGCACGCUGGAGAAAAGAAAAUAGCACCACCUCCAGUUCUUAUAGAAAACUCACAAGUACAAAGUAGCGAAUCUGUCCAUGAAAGGGUCAUAUCUCAGAAUAAGAAAGAACAGUAUGUAGGAUUUGGUGUGAUUAUGGGCCCAAUUGAGAGAAAGCAAACAUUUCCUGUACCAGAUGGCUCAGGAAAUCCCACAAAGGAUAGAAAUGGGCUGCAUGAAGAUCAGGAUUUGAAGAGCUUUAAGACUGAGGUGACGCAUACUGAGAACAUAAGGCAGUCGGUUCUAGUUAGAAAGCCAAGUAUCUCCCAGCCCACUCAUUUAUCGAGCAUGAGUGAAGAGAUGACGCUUCGAGUUGAACAUGCUGAGAGUGAUGCCAAAGUAAAGGCUCUUGGAGCAGAUGCGAAGGAGCGAACUGCGUUAUUAUUAGCUUUACCAACAGAUGGUGAAAAGGAAUGUAGUGAUGGGAAGUCGGUUAUUAGGUCUAGUGCUGAGCAGGAAACAGUAGCGAAGCUGGAAGAGCUGGGUAGUGUAGAAGAGCUUGCUGGAAGCAGGAAGGCUAAAGGGACAAUGCUCCCUGAUGGAGGAACAGGUGAUAUGACAGACCGUCUUAAAACAGCAGAAGAAAAUGACAGCAAAGGAUUGAAAAGUUCCAGAAAAAAGCGCUCUGAUAAAGCCAAGCUCAAGUUGCAAACUGGGGAGGAUCGGAAUAAACUUGAAGAUGAGGAAGUGUCCUCUGAGCUUCAGAAGGAAGGAAUUCGUCUGAAGAUCAAGAUCCCACUGCACAGACGAACUCCCGAGCUCCGCAGGUCAGCCAGAAUCUGCAAGCCCAGUCCCAAGCUGGCAGAGAUUCAGGAGCGGAAACACACAGCGCCUUCUACAGCACGGGAGGUGGAAGAGCACAUGGAUCAGGAAGAGGAGAGAGCGCUUCACAAGAAGGACCUUCACAAGAAAAUCAACUCGGAUGGACUAAUCAAAUCUGCUAAGGGGAAACGACGACACAGACGAGCUCGCUGGUCGAAACCUUCGAAAAGUCGCAAAACUGAAGUCGCUGUAGGAGGAGACACAGUAUGCGAGAGCAAAUCUGAGAGAGAUGAUAAGAGCGAGUUGGAUUCACAGCACUCGGAGGAAGCGCCACCUGAAGAUGCCUGUAAACACUGCAGCCUCCCUAACCACCCUGAACUGAUUCUCCUCUGUGACCGGUGUGACAGUGGCUACCACACGGCCUGUCUGCGACCUCCUCUGAUGAUCAUUCCCGAUGGAGAAUGGUUCUGCCCUCCGUGUCAGCAUAAAUACAUUUCUGCAGGGGCGUCGUGGCUCAGGUGGCUAAGGCGCCAUACCAUAAAUCUGGGGACCCGGGUUCGAUUCCGACCCGAGAAGCUGCUGUGUGAGAGGCUGGAGGAACAGUUGCAGAACCUGGACACAGCUCUGAAGAAACGGGAAAGAGCUGAGAGGAGGCGUGAGCGCCUGGUCUAUGUAGGAAUCAGUGUGGAGAACAUCAUACCCAAUCCAGAUGCUGAUGCAGAGGAUGGAAAACAAGAGAAGAAAAAAGGCACAAAGAAGUGUAAGAACCUGGAGAGGAGAUCAACACGAAAGAGAAAAUCCAUUAGUUACAGGUUUGAUGACUUUGAUGAAGCGAUCGAUGAAGCCAUAGAGGAAGAUGUACAGAAUUCAGAUGGAGGAGAUGUGGAUCUUGGUAAGGAUAUGGCUGCUGUCACAGAGCAGGGAGAGAAGGACGUAGCCAAGGAGAUCCGACAGCCUGUGAAAACUCCUGCUCCGCGCAAGAGGAAACGCCGCCGGAGACUGAACGAUUUAGACAGCGAAAGUACACUGGAUGAGGAGGAGAGUGAGGAUGAGUUUCAGAUCAGUGACAGUAUGGAGGAGGAUGAUUUUGUGGUGUCGGGGGAUGAUGGAGGCAGCGAUGCUGAUGCUGCAUCCUGGGAUGGGAGUGAGAGAGGCAGCAUCUCCAGCAGCAUAGACCGUCUGCCUCCAACGAGAAGAACAACCAGGAAUGACCAUGCACAGGGGACCAAAAGGAGCACACGCAGAUCGGCACGACGCCACCGAGGCUCUACAGAGGAGGAGGAAGAGAUGGACACAGAGGGCUCCAGUGAGGUCAGUGACAGCGAUGUGAAUCUGAGCAGAAGGAGGUCACGGCGCAGUCAGAAAGCCCAGAUCAACUAUUGCGAGACGUCCGAGUCUGAGGGGUCACAGAAAGACUUGGAACGGAAAACUAACCAAGCAUCACGUCGCCGCCGAAUCUCCAGCUCUAACACAUCCGUUAUUUCUAAGGAUUCCGAGGCUGAGGAGGAGUCUGACUCGAGGAGCAGACCCCGAGGCAGAAAGAGACAGUCCACAAGGGAAGACUCGAAACAGAGGCACAAACAGCUCAAACUAAAACCAGCAAGAAGUACAAGUGAGGAAGAGGAGGAAUCAGACGAGGAAGGAGAUGCUGGUGCAUCCGAUGAAGAAAAAAGGCCGCUCCGUAAAAGCCUGAACCGUAUCGAAUCGGAUGAGGAAGAAGAGGAUGUGUUAGAGAAAAGACAGAUGAGAAAGAUGGCCGGGAAGCAGGCCAGCGGAGUUACAGACUGCAGGGAGCCGAGUGUGAGGGCACACACUAGAGGCUCGAAGGACUCGCUGCUGAAGCACAACGGCUUGCUUCCUCCAAGAUCUUCAGCUCAGGAUGAAGACAAGGAUGAGGAAGAUGAGGAAGAGGAAGACGACCUCAUGGCCGCUACGGACUUUGUGAACUUUGUUUUUGACAGCGAACAGUUAUCGUGAUGUGCUGAAGAAAUUUCAUGUUAUUUUUUCAUUGCCUUUUUUUUUUUUUUUUUUUUUUUUGAGUGUACUGGACCAAUCCAAGCUUCCAGAGGCAUUUUCACGUGAUGUCAAAACACUUUAGUUCCAUAUGUCAUGCACAUGUCAGAUCUAGAGCAGGGUCUCGGUGCACAUCCUGAUUUUUAUGAGUGGAAGGUGUAAAAUUGCAAAGUUAUAUUUGAUCAACCAGUCGCAAAUUUGAUCAUAUGACAUGGCCACAUUGGUUUCUUUAAAGCUGGCUACUUUGUAAGUGAAACUGGCGGAUAAUUUUAAUUCCACAAUUUGCAGGAGUUUGGAACAUCUGGGAAUUUAAGGUACUUGUUUCCAGACUUGAAAACAUAUAUUUAAAAAAAAAAGUAUGGAUAUUCUUAACUAAUAUAAACUCAAGACACAAAGGUUCUAUUUCGAAAAGAAUGAAAACUGAACAUACAAACUUUCUUGAUCAAAUUGAUUGUAAUCCUGGAUCUUUUCGCUCAGCUCACCAACAUGAGUCGACUCUUUCAGUUCCCAAAUGGCAUCACAGCAUUUUGCUCUCUUUAUCGCUCAAAUUGUUUCGUAGCUUUUAACAAAAUAACAUUCUUUGCAUUGCACGGUUAUUCGAAAUAAAUUUAAAUAAUUAUAUCUGAUCAACCUGAAACACCUGACAACAUGCAGAACAUCUUGAACAAACAGCAGUGUAGCAGAUCUUUCCUGUCUCUCUCAUUAUAUAUACACGUUAUAUACAUUGUCAAACACACGUCUCAUCUGUCACACUAAUGGGCAGCUCAGGUGUUAAAAAGAUAUUUCCAUGGAAGUGGUUUGAUUAAAAUACACUGCCAGAGUAAUAGCAUGCCUACAGCUGUGAAACAAAAUGGCUCUUGUAUGCGAAUUGCCUUUACCUAAAGUUGUUUCGUUCACAAACUACUGUGGUCCAGCCUGAUAACAUAUUUUACUUAUGAUCCAGACAGAAGAAAUGAAAUAUGUUUUGGAAUAAUUACAAAAAUCUGUGGUUAAAGCUAGGUAACUAGGAUUAGUAUGGUAUUAUACAAGAAUGUGGUGCCGGAAUAUGUUGUAUAAUGAACGAAAUGUUUUUGGACGUACUGUUCUAGGAAAAUAUUCCACAAAACCCAAACAAAAAAAAUAGUUCAUACUUUUAUCCAUUUAUAGUAACAUUUAACAUUUGUAGACUGUUCGUGGUAUAAGUAAGUACCUGUUAGGACUAACAUUAUGGCAGCUAUACAAGUUGUUUCCUCACCUGCAACUUUUUUUCCCCUCUGUCAAAGUUCGUAAGACAGAAAACGCAGUUUGUCAUGUUAUCGAGAAAUCAGACUGCACUGAAGACUCUCCCAUGGUGGAACACUGAUUGACUGACUUAUAAAGCUUACAUAGGUUUCGAUAACAUGCAAAUCUGUCAUACAAGUCCCUGUGAAUGAGCUGUUAAAAUAGAAACAAUACCAUAUUAAGUUUGAAUUCCAGCCAGCAUUCCUGUCAGAACUGCUGUUAUAGGAAAUUAAUCAAUACCUUUUAACCAAUCAGAAUUUGAUUGCGAAUUUGAUGUAAACAUAAACAGCUAGAUAAUAGCACCAUAAUGGUGGAGGCUCUUGUCAUUGUAAUAGUUAAAAACAUUUAAUAGUUAUUCCACGAAAUCAGGUCGUACAUGAGCUGAUAGUUGAUGAAGCGCAUAGCACCGAGUUGGCUAUAAACCAUGUACAAUGAGAUUGAGUGGAAUAAUUGUUUUAUUCUAUCCACAUUCACUGUAUUUUGAGAAACAGAGCAUUUUUAUUUUUUGUGAAUUCAAUAAAUAAUUUUUUUUAUACAAAAUGUACGACAAAAUCAUUUCCGCUUACGUGACAAAUUGCAUACAUGCGCAGUAAAAUAUUCAAAGUUGACAAGAUUUACAUCAACAGUCGAUCAAUGAAAACACAUUUUAUAAAAAAAAAUUAACCUUCCAACUUUUCGAGGAGAGUUUUUAUUUCAUCCUUGGUUGGUUCAGCAAGAUGCUCCACCAUUUUGUUUUUCUCUACUAACGGUACAUGAACUGAUAGCCUAGUAGUAGAGUAGCUAAUCAGAGCACGUGAUUGCUCAUAUCCAGUGAAUGUGUAUAGAAUAAAAAAAAAUAGCUAGUGUGCUUGGUAAGAACUACUCUAACUAUAAACAGCGGUGUGCAGUAAAAUUGGGUAUUGAAUACAGUUAUCUUGCUUCAAGAUGCUAUUGCUGCACUAGCUAUAACUCCAUAAGCUGUCUUGACACUGUAGCUUUGAUAAAUCUGUAUGUAAAGGUGAUGUGGAAGGAAUUUAUCCUUUUUACACAAAAAAAUAGAUUACCUAACAUUAGCUAGUUUGAUGGCAUAUUGGCGAACUACCUAAUGUCAGAUUGUCAAACUACUGCUAACAAAUUCAUGUUAUCAAAGCUUAAUUGUUUUAUUGCUUUAUUUUGAUGUUUGGCUAAAAAUUCUGUAUCAUUUUAUAUUGUGUACCCAAGCACUACAUUAAGCCAAAUAAAUAUUUUAAAAAAAGGUUAGAGGUGAUGUUUUAUGAUCAAUUUUGCACUGAUCGACUGAUCAAACCCAGUCCUUAUUGACUCAGGGAAAAUCAGGAUGUGUGUGUCUCAGUCAUCCAUGUCUACUAUAACUGUUCCUCAGAAAGUAAAGCACUGUAAUUUGUAAGGCCAGUAAUGUGUCAUCUGUUGAACAUGAGCUUCUAUCAGCCUGUAGAGACACUGUACAUUUUCUGCUUGUAUGCUAGCACCUUUUAAAACGCUGGUUUAUUUAGUAAUGUUUUCAGUUUUAUCCUUUGUAAAAAGAAAAAAAAAAUUUUUUUAUAUGAGAAGGAGAUUCUGUGGGAAUCUGUUUGAAACAGUUUUGCUAAUAACAACUGAAUAACAAUCCUCAAUGCCAGCCUGUGUUUAAUUAAUACAGUACGUUUGCUCAAGGAGAAUCUUAACCCGACUGUAUUGAGGUGUUUUGCCAUUGGAAAAGAAAUAAAAGUGCCACAAAAUAUCUAGGCACAGAAUUUAGUCAAAGCAAAUUAGCAGCUUUAAAGGAAAUUAAAGGUUACGUACAGUAUAGAGCUACUUUAUGAAAGUAGUGCGUCUUAUUACAAUCUUAGAAGAUCUCAUUUCUGAUGUUUGUUCAUUUAAAGUUGUGUAAAGUUUUGAAUCAUUUCCCCAAAUUUUGUUGAUUUGUAGUGCAUCUACAAAGGAAACCUAAAGUAGUUAAAAUCUGUCCAUGCUGAUUUGUUCGUUCUCUUUUAGUUAUUUUUUAAUCCUGUAUAAAAUGUAUGUGCCUGUUGACUUGCCCUUAGGCUGAAGUAAAUCAUCUUGACUGAAUGCACUUAUCAAAGCACCUUUGAUUGUACCAGAUGGCCCAGCCCAGCACUAGACGGUUUCGACUCUCAUUCGAAAGCACUUUAAACAAAGCCCUCUUCUUGCUUCCCCUUCAUUCAUUCAAAACUGUGCUGUGUGCUCUACUUGGUUAUUUGAAAUACAACACUACCAAAUCAUUCCAGGUACACACCACAUGAACCAAGUCUAGAGUCCCGGUCAAUGUGGCCUUUGUCUGCUGUAAAGUUCUUCAGCUGGAAUGAGUGUUACUUAUAUUUUACUGUUCUAAUGUUCAGUCUCGUUACAUAAAUUGAAAACCUAAAUAAACGUGAUAAGCGUAUCUA